AUGUCUUCGGAUUCCCUCGACGCCACCUUGAACGAGCUCGAAAUAGACGGCACUAGAGAUCCCAGCUCUUCAGUGCUCAGCGAUACCCAAAAUGGUCAAUCCUCGACCAAGCAACAAGCAGAAGAGUCUCAGGAUGAGCCACUGUCAAGACAAGCGACUCGAGUCACGUUGGCAGACAUGCAGCUCGGCGAGCCCGAGAAUCAGCCGCCGCGAUUAUCUUCGACACGAUUGUUUGGUAUUGCGGCCAUCGUCACGUUCACCAUGUGCAUGUCUUCUGCCGGGCAGCAGGCGCUCAAUAUAGCUCUGCCCACGAUUCAAGCUGAUAUGGAUAUGACCGAGUCGGAUCUGCAGUGGGUCAACAGUGCAUACUCCCUGACGAAUGGCUGUUUCCUCCUUCUCUCUGGUCGCCUGGCAGAUGUCCAAGGGCGCAAACUGCUAUUCAUGAUCGGGGUCAUAUGGUAUGCCAUUUGGACCCUGAUAGGAGGCUUCAUGAAAAACGGGGCUGCUUUGGUUGUCACGAGGGCACUCGCUGGAUGCGGAGCGGCGAUGAGUACGCCAAGUGCGGUCGGAAUCAUCGCCCACACUUUUACGGGGAAAGCACGGUCAACUGCUUUCGCUUCCUUUUCCGCAGGUGCUCCAGUGGGAGGGGCUUUGGGUCUGCUUUUGGGAGGACUCUUUACCGCAUAUGUCAAGGAUACUUGGCGUGGUGCCCUAUACUGCCUUGCAGGCUUGGCCUUUGGCAACGCUGUCUGUGCCAUGUUUAUCAUCCCCAAGGAUGUGCCGCAUACCAAUGACCGUCGCGUGGAUUGGAUUGGUGCUGCAUUGGUCACCGUCGGUCUGGUCUUCAUUCAGUUCGGUAUCAGUGACGGUGAAGGUGCCCCCAACGGCUGGAAGACUGGCUACGUGAUCGCACUCCUUAUCAUUGGCUUCUUCUUGGUCGUUGGCUUUUUCGUUUGGGAGAGACAUAUCAUCAAGAACACCUCUCGGCCGCCUCUCAUGCGUCUGCAACUCUGGACUAGAGCCAAGGGACGACUUGCUGCUGUCUAUUUCAUCGGCUUUGUUACCUGGAUGGGUUUCACAUCGUUGUUUUACCACGCCACCCUUUUCUUCCAGCAGGUCCAGAACACUGGCGCCGUGGGCGCUAUGCUCCGUUUCCUGCCGACUUCUGUCUCUGGUGUCUUGUGCAAUGUCAUCGUUGCCUUUUUGGUGAGCAAGGUCAGGACCCAAUGGCUGGUUUGUGUGGGCUUGAUCUCUACAGGCGUUGCAAACGUCUUGAUGGCUGUCUCCCAACAGGAUACUCUUUACUGGAGAAUGCCUUUCAACGCCAUGUGGCUUGCGGUAGUUGGCGCAGACAUCUUGAUGGCAACUGGUAUGAUUUUCGUCGCGGCUCUCUCUUUGCCAGACGAACAAUCCGUCGCCGGCGCUCUUUUCCAAACCCUCAUCCAGCUCGGUGGAUCCUUUGGUCUUGCCGUGACCUCUGUGAUUUCGGACGUUCAAAUGCAGAAAGCAUUGGCCGAGGGCAUGAGCGAAACGCAGGCUCUGCUACAAGGCCUUCGCGCAGCUUUCUGGCUGGGUGCGGCUAUGAGCUUUACGGCUCUGUGCAUCGCCAUCUUCUCCCUUACGGGGAUGGGGACGAUAGGCAAGGGUGUCAAGAGGAGUACGGGGAAGGAGAAGCUGAAUGCUGAGGGUAAUGAGCACAAUCAUACGGGUGGUCAAGCGGACAAUGGGUCGGAGAAGGUAUAA